UAGUCAAUCCGUACUUUUACUUAUUUUCAUCGACUGAGCAUGCGUAGACUGAUAUCAUCAAAGAUGGCUGCGCACUGACAACAGACGAAUUUUACUUCAUCAUCAUUAACAAAAUAAAUAAUUUUUCAUUAUAGAAAUAAAAUGUCGAAGCCGAUAAUUGUUCGAGUUCAAUCCCCAGAUCAUGGUACUGUAAGAUUUGAAGCCAAGCUUUCAGAGAGUGUCGCAGAUUUCUUAAACAAAGUUCAAAAAGAGUUGAGACUGGGAGAUUUGGGAUGGAGUUUGUAUCAGGACAGAAAUAAAACUGGAAUUUUGCGCACAUCAAGAAGUAAAAAAUUAGACAGUUAUAAAAUCAAACAUGGCGAUAUGCUGUAUUUAUAUUUUGAUGACAAGAAAGGCAACAAUAAAGAUGAUGUUUCACAGAAGUCACAGAGUGCCAAUGUGGGACUUGGAGCUCGCCCCAACUCGAUGCCUACUCUUACUACUGCCUCUGGCAGUUCAACACCAACUAAAUACAUCACAGAUGAAGUUGAUGAAAUACUGACCAAAACAGAUGGUAAAAUCUACAGAAAGAGACAUGAGCAACUAUGUAGACAUGGUCCACAAGGAAAAUGUCUUCACUGUGUACCAUUAGAGCCUUAUGACGAAGAGUUUCUUAAGAGUUGUGAUCCUCCCAUCAAAUUUCUCUCAUUUCAUUCCCACAUUCGUAAAUUAACUGGUGGAAUCGACAAGGGAAAAUUUGUUAACUUAGAAAAUAUCAGCUGCAAAAUAAAAUCUGGCUGUAAGGAACAUCCACCAUGGCCUGGAGGAAUCUGUACAAAAUGUCAACCAAAUGCUGUCACCCUCAAUCGCCAGAAAUACAGACAUGUUGAUUAUGUCAUGUUUGAAAAUCCCUCCAUAGCUGAUAGGUUUCUCAACUACUGGCGAAGAACUGGUAAUCAACGAUGUGGUAUGCUGUUUGGAAGAUAUGAACCUCAUAAAGACAUCCCACUCGGUAUUAAAGCUACUAUAGCAGCAAUUUAUGAACCUCCUCAAAAAACAUCAAAAAACAAGAUUGAAUUGUUACCAGAUGAUAAAGAAGAAGCUGUGAGGUCCAUUGCAGAAAAAUUGGGAUUGAAACCAGUUGGUUGGAUCUUUACAGAUUUGGUGGCUGAUUGCCUACAACAAGGAACAGUGAAAAAUUUUCGAGGAAAAGUUGAUUCACAUUUUCUUAGUGCUGAAGAAUGUAUUAUGGCUGGACAUUUUCAAAAUAAAUUUCCUAAUCCUUGUACAUGGUCUUCUGAUGGCCAUUUUGGAUCCAAGUUUGUGACAGUGAUUGUGACCGGUGAUAGUAAAAAUCAGAUCCAUUUUGAAGGAUACCAAGUAUCAAAUCAAUGUAUGGCAUUAGUAAAUGAUGAUUGUUUAAUUCCUACAAAGGAUGUGCCAGAAUUAGGCUAUGUAAAAGAAUCCAGUAACGAGCAGUAUGUUCCUGAUGUAUUCUUCAAAGAUAAAGAUAAUUAUGGUAAUGAAGUAAUUCAGUUAGCGAGACCUCUACCUGUUGAAUAUUUAUUAGUCGACCUACCAGCAGCGUUUCCAGUCGAACCUCAGUAUACCUUUUCAGUGAAUCCAGAUAUUAAACCCUUCGUUAUUGAGAAUAGAGAAGACGUGGGGGAUCUACAAGAUUUUAAUGCCUUAGUUCAAUACCUUCGACAAUAUCAACCGGAUCAGUUCCUGGAAGCCAUGUCAGAUUUUCACCUGCUGAUUUUCAUGGCAACCAUGGACAUGCUUCCAUUCCAUGAUAAAAUUGAAACCUUGUUAUUAGCGGUUAAGAAUAAAGAUGAAGAAGCAGCACACCAUUUUAUGAAAUCUGAAGAUUGGGCUACAAUGGAACAGAUGAUGUCAGCUCACACUCCAUCACCUCCUGCCUCGAGACAGCAAUCCUAUAAUGAUGGAGCAGCAGUGAAUCCAGGUGGCGCCACUGAAUCAUGGACUUGUUCUCAUUGUACAUUCAUUAAUUCAUCUGGCUUGGGUUCGUGUGAAAUGUGUUCUUUACCAAGGCAGUAAUUAUGAUGAUUUAAGAAGUAAAAUGUGGGGAAAAAAAUUCUGAACUUUCUAAUAUCACAUCCAAAUUUUUGGUGGUGUCUUUAUCUGAAAACAAUUUGAAAAUUAAGCUUACUCAGGCUACUCACCUACUUUGCUUUUGGCAUGAAAAUGUUCAACUUUAUGGUUGGAUAUAUAUGUAUUUAUUUAAAAAAAACUAGUAUAUUAUUGUAGAUUUUUAAUUGGCAGUGAUCUGUUAUCACCGGUGUUACUCAAAUAUAGACUAUGGGCAGGCAAUCUUUCACAAAUGAUUGGUUUCUCUAAGCUUUUCAAAAUUGAAAAAAACAUGACGGUUUACCCAUCCCAUUACCUUUAUUGUGAUGUUCAAAUAUACGACUGUGUAGCGUGUGAUUUGGAUUUUCAGGAAACCUACCAGGCUCCUUAGAAAAUUGUCCCUUAAGAGAGUAUAACAAGUAUAGUCAAUUCAAGAUAUUUAUGCAUACCCCUACGUUCAAAACAUGAUAAGUUCAGUUAAGUUGUAUUAUGGUCUUACCAUAACCUAUACAAUACAAGACCUGGAUGUGUAUUAAUAUCCUUGCUCGACUAUACGGUCAGUCCCUGCAGAAUGUUGAUAAUUUUUGUUAUUAUUUUGUCACACCUUAAACUUAUUUGUUUUGAUAAAAGUGCUAAGAACAGACUCUUCUUUAAAUAAUGAUUUUACAAAUUACAUAGUUCCUGGGGUACAAAGACUGGUGCAUUCACAUCUGGGACAUUGAGAUCCCAAAUUUAUUAUUAUUUAUAAACUUCGCUUUCAGUGCAUUGUAUUAUUUGAACUUAUAUCCCUUGAACUCUUGUGAAAUCAAUAUUUAAAGAAAUGGCCUUGUUACAAUUUGUUGUAUGAAUCACUAUUGAUAACUGCAAGAAGCCAUUUUCUACUGAAUAAAUGUCUUUUGUGAAGUACGUGGUUUGUUUUGGUUUGAUACAGCCAAAGUUAUUUUAAGAGAAGGCAGAGGCAGUAGAGAUAACAUAAUUAUUGAUUCCAUCAUCAGAAGUAUUUAAGGCAUUUGUUUGAUAUUUUCGGGGGUUGAUUUCAGCCUUGAAAAU